GCUCUCUUUCAUACAUGUAUAGUGCAGAGCAUGUCCCUCCCACUUUUUUUUUAAAUAAGUAAUGGGUCUGCUAGCUUCCUGGACAUGGCCAUAAUACAGUUUCCGCGACUCACUACGGUGCUUUUCACAUUCCAGCGGACGCUGUCUUUCUCUCGCAGGCGUAGAGUUUACAAUCUGUAUUGUAGGACCAUGGCAUCCAACUCGUCUUCCCCGACCCGGUUCGACUUUCUAGUGAUCGGCGGCGGUUCUGGGGGGUUAGCGAGCGCUCGGAGAGCAGCUGAGCUCGGCGCCACCGCUGCGGUGAUCGAGAGCCACAGACUCGGAGGUACCUGCGUUAAUGUUGGCUGUGUACCAAAAAAGGUAAUGUGGAACACAGCUGUUCAUGCUGAAUACCUCCAUGAUCAUGCUGACUAUGGGUUCCAGGGCAGUGAUUUAACAUUCAGUUGGCGACUAAUUAAAGAGAAGAGAGAUGCAUAUGUUAGUCGACUGAAUGAUAUUUAUCAAAAUAAUUUAAACAAGGCCGAGAUCGAGACUAUCCGUGGCCACGCGGCAUUCCUCUCGGACCCCGAGCUCACGGUGGAGGUCAAUGGGAAGAAGUACAUAGCUCGGCACAUUCUCAUUGCCACUGGUGGCCGUCCUUCUAUGCCCAGCGAAAAGAACGUGCCUGGUGCAAGUCUUGGCAUAACCAGUGAUGGUUUUUUUGAGCUGGAGACCUUGCCAAGGCGCAGUAUGAUCGUCGGCGCUGGUUAUAUCGCUGUGGAGAUAGCAGGGAUUCUGUCUGCACUGGGAUCCAAAACCUCCAUGAUUAUUCGACAAGGAAAGGUGCUGAGGAGCUUUGACUCUUUGAUAAGUACAAAUUGUACAAAAGAAUUACAGAAUGCCGGGAUUGACUUGUGGAAAUACACUCAGAUCAAAUCGGUGAGCAAAACCGAGAAGGGCUUAGAGGUCACUCUGGUCACCAAAGAACCAGACCAACAAGAGAAGAUCAGCACCAUACAGGAAGUGGACUGUCUGCUUUGGGCUAUAGGACGUGAACCAAACACAGAGGGGCUCAACCUCAAGCAGCUGGGUGUGCAGCAGGAUGAGAAAGGCCACAUUGUGGUGGAUGAGUUCCAGAACACCAGCAGACAGGGCAUCUAUGCAGUUGGAGAUGUCUGUGGAAAGGCUCUCCUCACACCAGUUGCUAUUGCAGCUGGUAGGAAACUGGCACACAGGCUGUUUGAAGGAAAGAAGGAUUCAAAAUUGGACUACAGCAACAUUCCUACUGUGGUGUUCAGUCACCCUCCAAUAGGAACUGUUGGAAUGACAGAAGAGGAAGCGGUGACUGCCCACGGGAGAGACAACAUAAAGACGUACAGCACUUCUUUCACUCCCAUGUACCAUGCGAUGACCACGAGGAAAACCCAGUGCGUCAUGAAGCUGGUGUGCGUUGGGAAAGAGGAGAAGGUAGUGGGACUGCACAUGCAGGGACUUGGAUGCGAUGAGAUGCUGCAGGGCUUUGCUGUGGCAGUUAAGAUGGGCGCCAGGAAAGCUGACUUUGACAACACUGUCGCCAUUCACCCCACCUCCUCUGAGGAGCUUGUUACCUUGCGCUAGAGCACGGCUGCCCUUCUCAGGACUUGGGUCCCCAUUUUCCUGUACCGCUAAAAUGGGUGUCCUCGUUACCACUACCUGUGGAGCAGAAUAUUCCUUAAUUUACAGUAUGUUAGUGUUCUUUUUGCUGAUGUCAUUUACUGAUGUAUUAACUUGGGGGGGAAAAAUGCAACCCUCUUAUUUUUCCAUGGUCUGUAUGGAAAGCUUCGAAAGAGAUGUUAAAAAUGGAGCAGGACUAAAAUUCCAUCAUCCUUCCAUCACCUGUGAGGACCCCACUCGCGUUUUCAGAGUUCUCACCAGACAAGUAAAUCAAGGCAAUCACUCCUACCAAAGUCUUGCUAUGAGAUUAAGAACCAUUGAACAUAGUUAUCAAAGUCAGUUUGUCAUUUUAAAAUAUUCACAAUAUCCAGCAUUUCUUUGUGUUGGAUGAGGUCCCAUUAGCUGCUGAAGAACAUGGUGUAGUAACAAGAAAGUUUUAAGAAGAACCAUUGAAUGGAAGAAGAAAAUAUAACUGCACCUUUUAAAACAAGGUGGUGCCUUACCUAAAUGCAUACAAUUACCUUUAGACCUGGAACACUGGUGGUCAGUUAAUGUAUGAAAUGUUAAAAAAAAUGAGUUACAAUGAGCUUGCAAACAUUUUAAGAACAGUUUUUCUUUUUACCAGGCAGAAUGUCAAGACUUCAAUCCAAGCAAAUUGGACAGAAUGUUCCAUCCCAUUCAGAUAAUCCAAAUAUUCCUAACAAACUGAAAAAGGAACCAAUACGCUCAUUAUAUUGUAUUGAUUUCUUUGCAGCAUUUGCUGUCUGAAUGCACAAAUUCCCGUAUUACUCUGGUGUUGAUUAAACCCCAUGCUUGCAUGGCUUGCAGUGAAA